AAUCACAGUGGUAGAAUGGAACAAACCCACCGUGUUUCCACCGUGAUUCAAAUCUGCGAGGGUUGUGAAAGAUGCACCACAAAAGGUGAAUCUAUAAGCGAAAAAAAAAGAAAGAAAAGAAUUCAUCCAGAUAUGGAUAGUCCUGCAAGAACAUCAACAUCAUUCCAAGAAAAACAUCAAAUAGGUCAUCAUCUGGACUGUGAAUGUCCUUUAAUAAAACUCAUGAAUUUUGAUCCAGUCAAAUCAGUAGUCUUAGAUUCAAUGCAUCUUCUAUAUCUCGGAGUGACAAAGUUUUUACUUGAGUCUUGGAUACAUAGAACUAGUUGUGCUCGAUUUAAAUUACGUCAAGUUUCAACUUUUGGUAGUAUUUUAAAAUCUAUAAAACUUGAUAUUCCAAGUGAAUUUCAGAGAAAACAAUAUUUAGUAUCUAGAUGGAAAGCUACUCAAUUUAGAUUUUUUUUAUUAUAUGCUGGGGGAAUUGUAAUGAAAAAAUUGUUACCAAGUAAUUGUUACAAACAUUCUCUUUUAUUAGUUGUAGCAUGUCGUAUUCUCCAUAAUAGAGAACUGAUGAUAGAUUAUAAUGAAUAUGCAAAAGAGUUAUUAAGACAGUUUUUCUAUUUGUUACCUUCAUUAUAUGGUAAAAAAACACAAGUGUUGAGUAUGCACAACUUAAUUCAUGUAUCAGACGAUGUGAUAAACUUAAAUCUUCCAUUAAGUGACAUUUCUGCUUUUUGGGGUGAAAAUUUUAUUGGGAAAUUUAAUGCAUUAGUUAAACCUUCUAGAAAGCCACUUACUCAAAUUGUCAAUCGACUGUCAGAAUUAAAUUCUUCAAAAAAAAUUAGAUUAAAAAUAAAUAACCAUAUUGAUCGAUGCAUAAUCGAAAAAGACUCUCUGUUUAUCUAUAACAACCAAGAAUAUGAUAAUGUCUCUUCUAUUUAUAUUAACAAUACAAUUAUUAAACCGACGAAGCCUGAUAAUUGUAUACAGUUAAUAAACGGAACAAUAAUUAUAGUGCGAAAAAUAUUGAUAAAACAUGAAUCUGAUAGGAAAGUAAUAAAAGAAAAUGAUAUUUAUAUCAUAGGCUCUAUCUUACUUGACACAUAUGAAGUGUUUGAUUUCCCCACUUCAUCUACUGAUAUAGGUAUUGUGGCGGGAAAUAAAUUCUCAGAAACCAUUGAAGUAAUAUCCAUUAAGAGUGUGAAGUUUAAAUGUGAAUUAUUGUGUAUAGAUAGAGUAAAUUAUGCAGUUACGUUACUACAUGACUAA